UCGCAACGAUUCUUGGUCCCCUUCCCCCGACGACCAGCCUUCAAGCACGUGUUUACGUAUUGACGCGAGGCACACUCGCCAAAGCCCCUCGACGAAAGCCAACGAAAGUCAAACAUUAACAGUUACGAAUAUUGCCUUGCUCUUUCUUGAACGAUUUUUCCAAACUCAGUCGACUUAAAGCCUUUCUAGACUAUCAACGGCACUUAUCUACGCUCUGAAAGCAAUGUUCAGUUCUCUGUGGAACGUCUAAAAGUACCCGAAGACGUUGUGUGGGAUUGACAGACAAUCCCUUGUCCCCAACUUUUCUUGUUCCACUCGGGAGAGGGCUGGAUGAAUCACAGUGCUAGUCGAACCCGUUGACCGGGACCAGCGCCAGUGAUCAGGAUGACUUGGAUACACAUUUUUCUGCUCAGUGCCAUUCAAGGUUGGUGUGCGGCCUUAGAAAUAACUCAUUUCAAUGUGCCUCGUUUUGUGGAUCGGAAAGAAGACGCCGUUCUGGAGUGUGCGUUUGGUUUGCAAGCUCGCGAGCAGCUCCAGUCGGUCAAAUGGUAUCAUAUUGACCACUUGGGAGGGAUGCGAGAGUUCUACUCGUUUCAACCCGGUCGGAAUCCGCCAGCCAAGACCUACAAACUCCCAGGGGUGUUUGUGGCGAUGCGCCAUUCCAAUAUUCGACGAGUGCUCUUGAGACGCGUGUCCUUGAAUACCACGGGCACUUACCGAUGUGAGGUCACGGCCAAAAGUAAUCCGGGUUUCGAUUCCAAAAAUCUCCAAGCCAACAUGGUUGUUUUAGAGCUUCCCAAGUCAGAUCCAGUCAUCUCUGGCGGUCUCCGACAGUAUCACAUGGGCGAGAGGUUGGAAUUGAAUUGCACUUCACCUCGAAGUUACCCGCCCACCAGUCUGAAAUGGUUCAUCAACGACCAGGAGCACGAGAGCGAAGAAGAAUUUCCAUUGAGGCAUGGCUCCAAGAAUGGGUUGUACCGCUCUAGAAUUGGCCUGAACAUCACGGUUCACAUGAAUCUGUUCAAGUACGGGAAGAUCAGGAUUGAGUGCGUAGGCGAGAUCGAGGAUGGGAUUAUCCAAGGCAUGUCUCAGGGCAGUAGUCACCAAAUAGAGACCAUCCGAUUGCCAGAGGCUUUGAAGCGGGAACGCUCGGAGGUCUUUGUCGUUCCAUUGGUGAGCUCCAGUCCGAAUAGCCAAAAAUCCAAGAUCUUCUGCCUUGUCAUCACUCUGAUGAUUUCCCUGCGCCCGAGUUGGACGAUCCUCCUGAAUCUGUGAUAACUUUGAUCGAUCCUUCACCGCCUAUUAGCAUCAUCAUUCAGGAAUGAAACCUACUUCCUAAGCUCCUAUUGAAGAAAACAAAAUACUUAACUCCCUAACUGUGUGCUUGGACAACCAAUGAAACAGCAUCCAUAUCAAGUAGCAGACCUCUGCAAGCAUUCUAUUUAUAACAAAGUAGCGGAAGUCUGAAGAACAUGUCAAACCGCAAAUCAAAACAAGGCAUCACUUGGUCAUUCGAACUUCAACCGCAAGCCGAAAGCUUGCGAUCUACCUUAGAGGUUUAAUCCAAUCCGUGUUUACCGACUUGACCUGGAACCAAGUUGAACAAGGCGUCUAAGGCAUUCAAACUCAUUCGAAAUCAAUUUUAGUAACCCGAAACAAUUCAUGGAAACACAUCAAUUCCCUCGACGGGUAAUGUGCGAAAGAAUGCAAGCCAAGAAGAUUUGUGACUGAAAUAUAUACAGUACUUGAGGAUGCCCAUUA